UUGCCAUAACAGCUCGCCCUUGAACCUCUACUUUCGAUCUACUAGUCAACACAAUCACUCAAACCUACCCGUCAUCUUCCCACUGCAUCAAGCCGUGUCAAUACCGACAAACACACCGCCUUUCAAGAAACAAACACACACAAGAGCAACAAUGGGUUUCAUGGACUCUAUUCGCGCAAAGGUUGAGCUCUACCGUCUCGAACAACGCUAUGCUCGUCGUGACAAGCGCGCCACUACCACGUUCAACGCACGAUACGUCGACGGCGAGUACAUCUUCCAAGACUCGCCUGGCAGUCCGACCGGUAGCACAGGCUCGUGGCAACACAGCACCAGCUCUUCCAAGCGCAGUCCGGCUGUCAAGGUCAAGGAGCUCAUGUCCAAGAGUGUGAGGUGAUCAGACAAUACUUCCACUCUUCCUUGCAUGACCUUCUUCCUUCAUUCCUCUUGUUCCAUAUCCGGCUUGCAUCUUGGUGUUCUUUUUCUUCUCGGCGGCGCUUCCCUCA